CGGCUCUUGUUAUUGUUCCAUGGCGUUUAUGACUUCGUCCAAAUUAUGUCCGUUUUUUCUUCGUUUAUAGGUUUUUUAGCCCUGUGCCCCAUUGUGGGGCUGUGAGGAUAGGGAGGGUUACCAAAAGCAGGAGCAUGUGAGUCUGAUUGGCAGAGAUGGCUGCAGAUAGCGAUGGUGAUCUAAUUGAGACAGUUGUGACAUGUGAAGGAGACCUCAAAGAUCCUUAUUUCCCUGAGAAGUUCAAGCUCAUAGUGCAGCGUUUACGUGUGCUGUUGUGUGAAGGAAAAGCAGAGUCCCUUCGAGUAUCAAAGGUGGAGCCAUGGAACUCUGUUCGUGUUACAUUCACAAUUCCAAGGGAAGCAGCACUUCGUCUGAGGCAGCUCGCACAGCAGGGGGAUCAAGCUCUUACACAGCUUGGUAUACUGUCGGUGCAGGUCGAAGGAGACCAGGCAAACAUCGCCGUCCUCCGUCCGUCCGACCUCGCCGUCCUCCGUCCGUCCGACCUCGCCGUCCUCCGUCCGUCCGACCUCGCCGUCCUCCGUCCGUCCGACCUCGCCGUCCUCCGUCCGUCCGACCUCGCCGUCCUCCGUCCGUCCGUUCGUCCGACCGACCUCGCCGUCCUCCGUUCGUCCGACCUCGCCGUCCUCCGUCCGUCCGUCCGACCUCGCCGUCCUCCGUCCGUCCGUCCGACCUCGCCGUCCUCCGUCCGUCCGUCCGACCUCGCCGUCCUCCGUCCGUCCGUCCGACCUUGCCGUCCUCCGUCCGUCCGUCCGACCUCGCCGUCGUCCGUCCGUCCGACCGACCUCGCCGUCCUCCGUCCGUCCGACCUCGCCGUCGUCCGUCCGUCCGACCUUGCUGUCCAGAUUUCCUUUAUCCGUCAACCUGACUUUCCUCGCUCUUCUGCCGUCGGCCUAACCUCACUAGCCCUUCUGCCAUCAACUAGACCUCUCCUGCCCAUCUGUCCUACAAUCUACCACCUGCUCCUUUUCACCCUUUUGCGCGUAGCCUUCCUUGGGUAUUUAUCAUUUGUCAGUAAAAAAUCAGUAACACCCAAUGUGGGCUUAGAAUUUGCCCAAAAAGGAAAAUCAGAAGAGACAUUUGUAAUAUCAUUGAGGAUUGCCAGUCGUUUUGGAGGAGAAAGUCAAGAAAUUGUCCUUCAGACAGCUCCAGGGAAUGCAGACGAACAGGUUUCCCUGCAGCAACCAGUACCAUCAACAUCUGGAAUAUCAAAUGCAAGCUGUCCUGACACAGCAGCUGUGGCAGCUGCAGGACUAGCACGUGGUGUUGUGCAUCUACUGCAGCAAGCAGUAGCAUCAAAAUCGGAACCACCUCCUGCAACCACAUUUCGCAGUCCAAAUGUUGUUGCACCUACAGACGGUGACCCUAUACCACCAUUUCCCCAACCGAGACGAUCACCUGGCAUCUCGGGAACACCACCUGGAACAGCCUCCUUGACAGCAGCUUCGUCUGCACCAGCAGGUGGCACAGUACCUGCAGGUCCUGCUCCUGCUUAUCCAGGUCCCUUUCCAUUUGCCAGUAUGACUCACGCAGCACAUGCUGCUGUGCGUGACCAGCCUUUUGUUUCAUCUGCUGCAGUUCCUGCCCCAGCUGCAGCACACCAUAAUUUUGCAACACCACCUCCACCUCCAUAUCCAGGUUCCCAAACCCAGCCUCAACAACAGCAAGCUGUGUACAAGACAACAUCAGGGCCUGCAGGUCUCAGGCAGCCGCCUAACUGUCAGGUUCCUGGUACUGCACCUGUGACUGCAGCCAAUGUGGCUCUAUCGAGUCCAUUGCUUGUCAACUUGUUGCAGAACGAUGGCAGUGGAGGCCCACCUGCCAAAAUGCCUCCACCAGUGUUGGCCGAUAGGCAGGCCAGAGCUCGUGCAGCACUGGUGGUUCAACAGCAACAGCAGCAGCAGUUACAUACUGCUGUUCGGCGAAAGUCUGACGCUUUGCGGGUGUUCCGGCAUCACCUCCAGCUGAUGGCCCUGUCGCCCAUCCACUUCCUUCUGGUCAUUCUCGUCUGCAACAGGCACCACCUGUGUCAGGCACUUCACUUCAACAGAACCAGCAACCAGUGCCUCAACAAUCUGCACAGCAACAGCAGCAGAAAACGUAUAGCGGUUCCCUACACACCCUUCAGGCUCCUCGUGCCAGCAACGACCUUUGCCUGCUCCCAGUCCUGCAGCUCCUCGCCCUCAGGGAUCUUCAUUUCAGCAGCAACAGAAUUCACUACCAACAAAUCCCCACCGUAUCCUCGCACUGCUCAACCGGUCAUCCGACCUCAACAGCAGCGUGUCAACCAAAUCCCAGCGAAAGAAUCAGCAAGUCAGUUGCGACCACAGAAGAUGCCAGGCACAGAUUUUCAAAGAUUUGGAGAUAUGAGACCAGCUGUGCCUGAAGCUUCGAAAGCUCGACAUAGUGCUCCCAGUCAGUGGCCACGAGGGACAGCUCCACCUUACAGUUACCGGAUUUCCACUGAAUCCAGGCCAAGGCCAGCCAUGUCACCGCCAGUUUCUCCACCAUCAGCACCUGAACCACCAGCGUCACCUCCAUCAGAACUAACAUCAUCUGGGAAGAAACGUCAGUUCCUCAUUAAUCCACUGACAGGUCACUUAGAGCCAGUAGCAAGUGACAGUGGCUCAGACGGCGAGACAGAGGCAUCUACAGCAGCUGCAGACGACCCAUUCUUCUGCUUUCCAUCUCCUCUCAAUGAUCGGUCCAACUCUGUGUUUUCGGAUGAUGAUGAUGACGUGAGCAGUACAGUAUCACGGAGAGCUGACACAACAACUACUGAUCAGUCAGACUCAGAAGCUACUGUUCGCUCCACUGGCAGUGAAUCAUCCAUGCCAUCUAGGCAUCCACGUUCCAAGGUAUCACGAGAUUCUGCUCAAAGCCCUGCACCGGGAGAGUCAAUCAGGCUACGCCUAAAACUUGAGAAGAGUGAACCAGCUUACAAGGUAGACGUCUCAUUUGUCAAUGUACCCCCAGCCCGAAAAGCAGCGGAGGUGAGGGCUGCACACACUCAGCAAGGGCGGCUUUUUGGAGCACAAGGAGGACAAGCAGCUAGUGGGCAGACUAGUGAAGAGCCUCGUGUACCCCCUCUGCACAUAUCACUUAGAGGUCGAAAUGCUGCUGUUGUUGUAGGCUCCCGCAAGGACAGAAAGUGGCAGGGCAGUACCAACAAGGAUGUGAUAAGUGGACCACAUGGCUCAUCACAGACUGCCUCCAGUGUUGCUUCUGGAAAACGUUCGUCUUCAUCCUCUUCUGGCAAAUUAAAGUGUUCCUCUUCAAAAGUACGUGAUGCUUUGUCAGCAGAUGGCACAGGAUCGGCUUUAAAAUUCAAGAAAGUUGUUGGGGUUCCAGAUGGUAUGAACCAAGUGAGUAGCCCACCAGUAGUUAAAAUUAAGAAGCCUGGGUUAUCAGUUCCAAGCGAAAAUACCAACCAUGUGUCACCGUCUUCAAUUAUGAGGAUAAAGAAGCCAAGCACUAGUAGUUUGAGUAGUUUGGAGAACACAUCCGUUCCAACUGCUUCUCCUCUGGUGCGACUAAAGAAACCAGGAACCUUGUCUGCCACUGUACCAGAUGGCUUGAAUGCACCUGGUUCAGUAAUGAGGAUCAAGAAGGCUCAAGAAAGUGCCGAAAUUUUAGACGGACAUGCACCAACUUCACCAGGUCCUUUUGUACGCAUCAAGAAACCCCCAAAUUCAAGUGCUAUCUCGUGUACAUAUUCUCCUUCUACAUCACCCGCACUCAGUAGCAAACUUUCAACAAAAACUUAUUCAAAAUGUGAUAUAUCAAAAAGGGAUACUACUGGUAAUUUCUUAAAUGACAGGACAGCUGCAAGUGUCGGUGGCAGUGAUCUCGCAGGCAAAGUGAAAGUGAAGUGCAAAGAACGACGGAAUGAACACGAUGUUGAAGAUGUACCAUUGAAAGCGCGAUUGAAAGAACAAGAUGGUUCUCCAAGUGUAGAUGUUGGUGUAGUGAGGAAGUCUCCUGCAUUUUCCCCCGAUCCUGCUGAAACCGGACCAGGUCGGCCUGAACCUUCACCACACAAGUUGAAACGCAAGGAGUCACGUAAGAAAUCGCAUCAUGCAUUGGAGAGGGAUCGAGACAAAGAAAGGGACAGGGAUCGUGAUCGUGAUGUGGAGUCACUUCCAAGUGGAAAGUGGCACACAGCAGUUGAAGAAUUGCGGCGGACAUCUCGAAUCCCAGUGCCUGAGGUAGAAAAUGGUGUUUCACAAAGCCUCAGGCACAAUGCAGAUGACAGGGAACUCGGAUUCACAGAGUCUCAGGGUAUUGCAUCUUCUGUGAAACCAAAGCUGCGCCCUACUUUAACUGUGUCUGAAAGUCACGGACAUUCUCAGGAGACUUUCAACAGUGGGGUAGUAAGGCAGAACUCUCCAGUGUCAUCAAGUGCAAAACAAGUGGGCAGUGAUUCUGUGAUACUUAGUGAUAAGCGCGGUACUGUCCCCCGCAAGGGAGAAGAACUGCUUACUUCAGGCAAGUCGAGUCCCACAGGUAGGCUUACAGUCACAGGAAAGAUCUCAAAUGAUGUCCAUCGCAAACAGAGUGCUGUGCAUAGUGCCAUAAAGCAGGAGAGAACUCGGUUUGUUGAGAAUUAUCUCCAGCAGAAUCCUCUAGUUGCUAACUGCUUAAAGAAGCAGCAUCGUGACCUUCCAAACUGUGAUUCUAAACGCAGCUUAUCUAUCAAAAAACCUGCUGCAGAUAGGUCAGGCACAGAAGAAAGGAACAAUGUAAUGAGGAGUGUAGUGACUGUCAAUAGGGUGCAGAUAGAUGCCAAACAAGAGAAUGAAAUGAACCCCAGUAUUCCCCCCAAAAUUGCUACAACUCUUCCUGUUGGGGAGUUAGAUGUAUCGGAGGCCAAAGUGAAACAGAGGUUGCUCGAAGAUGACCCUCUACCUCUUCCGAGAAAGCGGCCUCGGACAGACGCAGUUCUCACAGUGGUGUUGCCAGCUGUAAAAGAAGACAAAAAAGAUAGUGAUGUGUCUGUGGCUUCAAGAACUGCUUCUGCAGACAGUGAUGACGGUCCACCUGUAGAUCCAAGUAGUGAGCGACAGUGCAGUGUGACACCGACGGAUGGAAGUGUGAGUCGUGUGAGUGGUGCUGACAGCCCUGCAGGUCCAGGGGUGCCAGGGGAACAGGGAAACACUCAAGGUGAGGACUCUGGUAUAGAAUCAAUGGACGCAUUAUCAGAAAAAAGUCCAAACCAAGGUGAAAGCCCAUGUCGUAAGGAAGAGAAAGAUGGUGAGCAACAGCCAUGUGCUCGCAACGAUAGCAGUAAAAAGUGUUCCAUACAACAGGUUUCUGUAGAUUCUGUCACCACGAUUACAGAAACACCUGUGGUCGAAAGGCGAGAUGAUGGGUGUUCUGAACAGUAUCUUUCCCAAAAUGAUAGUCAUAGUACCUGUACAAAUACAGAACCUGAAAACAGGGUUUCUGAGAAUCCAGUUGUAAGUCUUGAUUCUACAAGCCCUGCACACAGCCCAGUGCCCCAAGAUAGUUCAUUGACUGAUUCGUCUUUCUCUGGGUCCAACACUGCCUCACAAAAUCAGGGAAACUUUACACCUGUGGUAGAUAGCAUAAAAUCUCCAGAGUCACAAACGGAGCAGCAGACUUGCAGGUCAGGUAUGCCUUCUGCUCAAGUUGAAAAUAAAGAUCCAGAUGAUGCGGAUUUGUCUUUAGCUUUGGGAGAAAGUGACAACUCCAAACAAGAAGAUGCAGGCAGUUCUACUGUUUUACCAACAGAUCACCAGCUAGAGCCAUCCAGUGGUGCAGAAGGAGAAUUAGGGAGUGAUAAGACUGCAGUUACAACUGAUGCGGAAAGUUCAGUGGCAGUUUCUUCAGACGACAUUGGAGUACCAUCCAGGAUGUCUGCAUCUCCCACACGAGUGCCUGAUCCAAUAUGUUCCCCAACGCCUGGUGAUCCACAACCUGUGCGCACCACACCUCCCUUGUACACAUAUUCAAAUCCAGAAAAACAUCGUGAAGACACCCCAUCACCGGCAGCACUGGGACCAGACGAAGAAGAGGAUCCAGACGGUCCGCCAGUACCACGGAGAAGGAAGCGCCGACCUAAUUUACCUGAUGACCACGAUGUUGAUCCUUCACCAGAGGAAAGUCAGGUUCCUGCACCCAUUCGUGGAAAAUCGUUACUGGAACAACUUCUUGUCGAAAUUCCAGGAGAGGGUGCAAGUGGUGAAGGUUUAAGUUCAAUUUCAACGGCUGCAAGUCGAAGGGGCCCAGGCACACGUAGUGCACGACUAAGCAGACCACCUCCAAAUGCUGCUGCGAGUCCUGGUUCUGGACGUACUGCAAACCUCGGGAAAAGGCGGCGCAACGGAUCGGAGAGUGCUGCUGAGGAACCUCAACCACGUCCCGGAAAACGAAAAUGUUCUGAAAAUGCUGCUGAGCUCAUUAAAGCGUGCAUGGGUUUAGAGGACAUUCCCAGCAAGAGACCAUCUGCCAGCCUUGGUCCGUCUCACCUGUCCGUGCCUGACCAGAUGCAGAUCCGCAGGACUUCUGGCAAACCUCAUCGGAGGGCUGACGUGGAAUCUUCAGACGAUGAACCACUCAUUGAAAUUGCUGGCAAGGGUCGAGCGCGAAGUGCCUCUGAGGAGAGGGCAUCUCCGAAGCUGAAAAACAGAAUAAAUAAUAAGACUCAGGAUGAGGAUAACAGAAGCACCGCGGGACUGCAAGUUCGAACAAACAACCGCCUUGUGAACUCGAGAUCCUCCCCUGGUGGAUCAGGACUGGGGACUGUGGCUCCAAGUUCGAAAGACGCUGUACGGCGCACUGGAGCCACAGGGACAGGGGAGGAUACACCUCGGAGAUCUGUACGCCAGACACUUGGAAUGGCAGGAAGAACACCAGCACGAGCUUCACCUCCUCCCACUAGGCUUGCCACCACGGUAUCUGUUGCUACAGCUGCCUGCACUUCAACAGCAUCUGUGACAACUACUACUACUGCACCUACUGUGGCAAGCACUGCAGCUAAAUCGGUUAUUCGUCAGGUGCAGACUGGCAGCAGUAAUGCUGGUAUUGCAACUAAUAGUGGAAGUAACACCGGUGAAGAACUUGGCCGUAGGAAAACGAGAAGUGGAGCAGCUGCCAGCCCAGUUUCUGAGUCGGAGAUGAUGCUGAGUAAGAGGAGGAGAUCUUCAAGAGAUGGAAAAUGAUUGCUGGAGUUUGACAGUGACACAGAUACGGACUGACAUUAAAUCUGUGGCUGUAAAACAGUUACUUUUGAAGGAUAUUUGCUUUUUAGUGGCAGAAAAAUUUGCAUGAAUGGAUUUUAUAAUAUCAAAAACAGCAUCUUGUACCAAUUGCCUUAUACCUUGUGUGUUAAAUUUUUUAAAGGAAGUGCAUUACUUACAAAGAAUUAUUCGUGUUACGGACUAUUGCUUGAAAUGAGCUAAUUCUUGUUAAACUUGUGAAAAGAAAAUAGCUUUGAAAAAGUUAUUAAGAACACUAUUUUUAUCCAAUGGUAUCUUCAUCCAAAUGUUUUCAUAUAAAUGUAUAGUCUUGUACGCAGUUAACAGCAGUGACUGUUCCAUACAUUAAUGCCAUGUUGACAGUUGUAAUCGGCCAGUGCGCUACAUGAAUUAGUCAUUUUUUCCCUUCCUUUCAAAUUAUUUUUUGGGUCAUUGUAAUUCAGAGGACUCUAAAAAGUAAUCACAAUAUUAAUUGAAGAUGAAGUUAAAGUGCUUAAGAUUUUUCAAAUGUUUUUAAUAUACCAAUAGCAUUGCUUCUUUGAGAAGUGUGACCUUUGUCAAAAUGGCAGAAUUUAAUUUGCUUUGCAGAUUUUGUAUUCAGGUUAUGUACAGAUUUUGUUGCAGAACUGUAAAAUAAUUUUAGAUGUUCCAUCUGCAUUAACUUUUAGUCCUGAGGUUGUGCCAAUAUGUGCAGCGUUACCAUUUUAAGAGUUCUUUAAUAUUCAUGUUUUUAUGAAGUUGAUUUUGGGAUGAACUAUAAUUACAAAUUUCGUUUUUGAAAUUUUUUCUUGACGUUUCGAUGUGUGGAACUAACUUUUGCUCCCUCCCCCUUCCCCCUAAAGACGGGACAUGUUUUUCACAUGGACAGAUUUGAUAUGUUUUCUUGCUUCUUUAGUUUCUUUUGUUCUUCAGUUCUGUAACUUAAGCAUGUUUUGACUUUUUUCUUUCUACAUGUUGAUUCUGUAUUGUGCAGUGGUGAGGGUACAGUUUUCUCCUAGUUUUACCACUUUAUUUGAUGACCAUCAUUGUUUUUUCUUUGGAAUGCUGUUUCUGAUAUUUUUAAUCCUACCUAAAUUUAAAGUCAGUGCUGAUAAGUAAUCAAAGAAGGAAUCUACAGGUAUAUAGCUUCUUACAUUAGUUCCUCUUAAAAUAAAAUAAAAAUUGUGGUACUUUUAUGAGUGCAGACCUUCAAUUUUACAUUAUGAAAAUGCAUAUCACCUGACAGAUUUUAUUCCGCUUUCUUCAGUUUCUUUUAUUUUCUUAACAUUUAUACUAUUAGUAGUAGAGUUAGUGGCUUGUGUUAUUAUGGUGGGGAUAUGAUUAUUUUGGCCAGUACAACAUUCACAAACUUUAAAUAAAACUAAAUAGAUAUAUAUAUUACAUACAUAUAUAUUGUAUACAUGUGAACUGAUGCUAAAACAGGAGAUAUUUUCUCUGAAUAUAUAUAUAUGCAAGAUGUUAAAUAGUUUUCCGCAGAGUAAUGUUUGUGCGGUGACAUUUUGCUUUUGUGAUAAGACUUUUGUACUGUAAAAUGCGUACACAUGUUGUAUAAUAUAUACAAGCAUACAUAAAUCCAUACAUACAGAUAAUUUUAUUUACUUUGACAUUUGUUGUUGAUAUGGCUGUUAGGAAGUUUUGCAAGCAAUUAACUUAUAGAAUGUAUGUUGGUAUGUUUGAGUGUAUUUGCGCAUUAAAAUAUAUGUAUAUGGAUGAAGCUAUUUGUAUACUCGGCUGUAAAAAUUGUGUAUUUUAAUUAUUUUUAGCAAUCUUAUCUCUUCUAUUUGUGGUGUUUUUCAUUUAUUCAGAUAUUGUCUGCUUGAAUAUACUUUUCAAAUUAUUUUGGACAGUGAAAACUUUUUGCUGUUGCUUUUAAAAUGGCGAGGCAUGUUUUAAGGGGUAUAUUGGACAAAUGGAAACAAUAUAAUAUUUUUAUGUACACCUUGUUUGAGCAAUGCAAAGUAAGUAACUGAUUGCUGAAUUUGUAAAUGUCAUGAGCACAUAGCCCAUGAUCUGCUUCAGAGCAGUUUACAAGUCUUCUAGUUUCAUACCUUUUAUAUGAGUCUUUGUGUGUUGUGAGCUGUGUAGGUGCAUGAAGGAACUUGGAGACUUUCUGGGUUUGAGCUAGGAUAGCUGACAAAGGAUUAAUAUUGCUAGUGUGUGUGUGUGUGUGUGUGUGUGUGUGUGUGUGUGUGUGUGUGUGUGAGUGAGAGAGAGAGAGAGAGAGAG